CGCGACUGGAUGAUCAUAUCUGAUAAGAGACUGCAACCUGGUGCAUCCAAUGAAGUCUUUUCAUCUUAUCCUUCACAUCAUCAUUUGCGGAGCCACACCGCGCAAACUCAUGCAAAUUUGAUUCUUCCUCCCCUCCACAGCUUAACAAUUCUCCUACUGCGCUGCCAGCACAUUUCUUUUUUUAGUAAUACAGAUCUGGCUGUUUUCCAACCAGCCGACGGUUCCUGCGACGAAUUGACUAUUUUUCUUUCGUAGAACCCCGCUUGUGCUUGGUCAUCAUGUUUUUGACCAAUAAAAUCAACUGCUCUUUACGCCACAUGUCUGCCAUACCAUCUCGAUAUCUUGGCUAUUGUCACUCAAGGCUGGUGAUAUAUGCAGGUCUGGAUGCCAGGUUCGGGGUGUUAUCGGCCAGCAUCCCCGGCCGUGAAAACCUUGCUGGUCAAUCUUUCCGCUUCUAUACCUUCCAGCAUGGGAGGCUUCCACUGGAUUCGAUACCUUGUUCAAGUAAGCACCCUGGUCGUCGCUGUUAUAAGGGCAGGCCGGGAUGGGUGAGAGGGCCAAUCAUUCCAAAAUAUGUCUUAUCCGUGCAUCACCCAUCCAUCUCUCCGCGUCCGUGACCUUGCCGAUGCUCAGCGCGUUCUCGAGGCCGUUCGGCUGCGCAUCCUACCCCUUAUCACACGGCGCCUCGGUUCGCAGGAACGUGCCGUCCUCAGCAGCGGCAAUGUGUUCGUCUGGCAAGAGUCCAAGGCCGAAGAUGGCCUCGCGCGUUGGACCGACGGUCGGGCGUGGUCCCAGAGCAAAAUGCGAAACGACUGCUUGCUCUACGAGGAGAAGGUCGCUAUGAGUGAAGAUGAGAAGGCUGCCAAGGCUGCCCGGCGGCUUGACCGCGUUUGGUUGGACAGUUCUAGGAGAGCGAAAAACGGCUGUGCCAAGAUCCCUGCUGCUCCUAAGCGCAGAGACCGGCCGACAAAAAUCGACGGGCUUUGGAAACAGACCUAUUCCGUGUUGAUUCAUCCACCGGGAGCCCCGAGUCCGCACAAGUGGCACCUUGUGGCAUACCACUCUACCCAGGAAUCGGAUGCUCCCAAUCUUCCCGUGGUUGAAGACUUCGACUAUCUAAAGAAUAUCUGCAUCCCCCAAGGCGUUUUUAUCGGUGCGACACGUUCCAGAGGCGUCUUCGAAUCAUUUCCCCAGCCAUUACCCGAACCCGGUACCGCACACCCCCUCUCCGGUGCUAGUCGCUUUCCCUCGGUCGAAUCCGAAGACAGUUCGGGCUCUGACUUUGACGCGGUGCUUCUCCCCCCGAUAUCCCCUCAAUGCGCUGAUGCUCCGCGAUGUCUUCCACCCAUCUCGUCUAUCUCGCUCGGCGCUCCUGCAUCUCCACCAAGUCGCUGCCGGGCCUCGAACUUGAUGCGUCAAAGAGAUCGACACGUUUUAGACAAAUUUCAAAUGUCUAUCUAG